AUGUCUUCAGCCGCUUUGCAGACCGCCCCUCAUCAACCAACAUCAAUAGGAUCGCAAUCUCCAGUGGCAGCACCAUCAUCCUCGGGGAGACCUUACACUUCGGGCUCACAACAAUCUCGAGACCCUUACUACAAUCAAACCACCACCAACGCAUCUCCCUCCUCUGCAAGAAAACCAUCUCGAAGGCCGAGCGGCAAUGGCGCAUCUACAAACACACCUCCCCAACCCCAGUACACCUCACCUUCGGUAACAACAAAUUCAGCUCCAAUAAAUCCUCGCAGUAAUAAUCCUUCAAAUCAAAUAUCCCCAACCACCACCACAUCCCCUUCGAGCUUUGCUCCAAUGGCUCCGGGCGAUCAUCAACGAGGUGUGCCCCCAAUUGUCUCGGAGAGAUCUUCGUCAAACAGACCGAGUACAGCAGUAGCGGCUGCGACUUCGGCCACAAAUCGUAGCUCGAGUUCGAGACGAGGUGAACAUCCGGACGAGCAGCGGGCGAGAGACUCUCCACGUCGGGCACAGUCACAGGAGAACCAGUAUCACGAGAGGAGGAAUAUACAAACCAAUGGAACGAGCAAUGAGGAUGCAACAGCUGCUGCCACGGCGGCAACUCGAGCCAGACGCAGAGCUCAACAAUCACCUGAAGCUUUACCGCAUAGACCGAGUGGAAGUCGUGAACAGAGAGCUGGUCCACCUUCUAAUGCACAAAAUCGAUCACAUCCAGCGGGUACCAAUUCACCUGCUGGACUGUCCCACGAAGCAAGCGAGGUGUUGAAUCGUGUGGUUGUUAGCGAUCCCAAGGUGGAUUUGGAGCGAGAGAGGGAACGAAUGGCGGAGGCUGUACCGAAUGCCGUUGCAGCUCCUCCAGUGGUUGAAGAAGCUCCUCGGCAGCAGAGAUCCCGUCAUGAUCACUCAGCCAACUCUGGGAAACGUGAAAAGAACACUAAAUUCGGUGAGUACUAUCUGGGUAACACCCUUGGAGAGGGAGAAUUUGGUAAGGUGAAAAUGGGCUGGAAGCAAGCAGGUGGUACUCAAGUCGCUAUCAAACUCAUCCGCCGCGAUAGUGUGGGAACGAACCCUACGAGACUCGCAAAGAUCUACAGAGAAAUCGCUAUUCUUCGAGAGAUAUCCCAUCCCAAUAUCGUUCAAUUACAUGAGAUGGUGGAGACGGAAAAGCAAAUUGGUAUUAUUCUGGAGUAUGCUUCAGGGGGAGAACUCUUUGACUACAUUCUCAACCAUCGAUACCUCAAGGAUAACGCUGCUCGCCGCCUGUUUGCUCAAUUGGUUUCUGGUGUUGGAUAUUUACACAAGAAGGGAAUUGUUCACCGAGAUUUGAAGCUGGAGAACCUUCUGCUGGAUCGCAACCGCAACAUUAUCAUUACGGAUUUUGGUUUCGCAAACACCUUUAACCCAGACGAUGAGCUUGGAGACGAAAUCGAGUACAACUUAGCUAGUCGUGACUAUGUCAAGCGGAUGGAGUUGGAUAAGAUUUUACCUGGCGGCUCGCGGAGAGGAGAUCUGAUGCAGACAAGUUGUGGCAGUCCGUGCUAUGCAGCUCCAGAAUUGGUUGUGAGUGAUUCGCUAUACACCGGCCGCAAGGUCGAUGUAUGGAGUUGCGGAGUAAUAUUAUAUGCAAUGCUUGCAGGAUAUCUACCUUUCGAUGACGAUCCAGCCAAUCCUGAGGGCGACAACAUUAACCUUCUCUACAAAUAUAUAGUUUCGACACCACUUACCUUUCCAGAAUAUGUUACACCGCAUGCUCGAGACCUUCUCCGACGUAUUCUCGUUCCAGACCCACGCAAACGUGCAGAUCUAUUUGAAGUGGCUCGACACAGCUGGCUGAGCGAAUAUGCGCACGUCGUUGGCUUCAUUACGAGCAGCACGACUACUACUGUGGAGAUUGCCAAUACUACUGUGCCAUCUGAUGAACCUCAAGAAGCUCCUCUACUUGCUAGAAGUGCUUCAGUUCGGGAACCCAAAUCGCAAAAGGCACCCGCAGCCGUUGGGGAUCUCAGUAGGAAACAUGGGCAUGUGGAUCAAGAUGGAGAAGAGGCACCUCCCAAAACCUCAAAGGACAACAAGAGACGAACUGUACAGGUCGAAUAUGUGGCUCCAAGAUCACAAACACAAAGAGGCGAGCCUUCUACCAACUCGUCCAGUGCUCAAUCUGGUUCGAGAACACGCGCUCGUGCUGGCAGCCAAGGCCCAGUCGAGAUUUCUGGAGCUCAAGGUUCUAGAAGAAAUGUCCCUGCAGGAGAUAAGUCAUUGCCUCAGGAUCCUUCAAUGACAAGAGAAGCCCAACAUGCAGCCUCGGCAAGACGAACGGGAAGCUCACAGCGACAACAAGGUAUGGUUCCACCUCCUCGACCUACUCGGGAUCACCGCGCAGCUUCAGACAUUAACUAUACGACCCCAGUGACUGGCCAACCAUCAAUCGCAAGACCAACUACCGGUGGUUCCAUGACUUCUAAUAGAUCUGGAUCUAUGGGCUUUCCAACCCGUGGAUCUUACAGCCAACCUGUGGCACCAACCGUCGCUGGAACUAAUGCUCAUGGCCGUAUGUCUCAACCUCAACCAAAGAGCUCGAAUAGUUACAAUAUAUCCCCCCCUAUGAUUCAAGGCGAACAAACCUUUGAAUACCCUCCUCAAUCAACUUCUCAACCUAUAGCUCCAAAAUUCGCUAGAGUCGCAGGACUUCCAGCAGGAACUGCAAAUGUCCCAUCUGAGGGUAGCAAGACGCACAAGAGAUCAAACACGAUCGGUGGCAUAUUUAGCAGAACAAAUUCGCUUUUUGGUGGUAAAUCACACGCAGAGAAAUCUUCAGAAAAACCAAAGAAGUCGUAUCCUCCAGUCAGCAUGUCAAAUGCCAAUAUCAUAAAUACCGAUGACUCGAGACAGUCGAUAGACUCUAGACGCUCCAUAUCAUUUGGAUUUGGCAAAAAGAGAAGUGGAAGUAUAGCUGGGCGAUCCACGACAGGUUCUCAGGAAAAAGCUUCAAGAAGAUUUUCUCUCCUCCCGGCAUCAUUCUCUUUGAAAUCUAUCGGUAUCGGUAAAGACCCAAACACCCCACCUGCUAGCACUCCAACCGAUGGUCACUAUGAGCCAUAUCCCGAAAUGCAAGGUAAUCAUCUUGACGCCUCGCCGGAUAACAGAAAUGUUAGUGGAAGUACAGCUGAAUAUCAGCAUGCGGAUGCAGCAUAUGAUCAAAACCGCGCUAGCCCAGCACAACAAGAAAGACAACGUUUUGCUCAACCACAACAGCAGAAUCCAGAUUCUAGGAUGGGUGGCCCACCACAAUUCUUACCGCCUGCAAACUUCCGCCCAGAUGAAUCGGCAUUGACGACUGAUUCUGAAUCUUCAUUUGGUCAAAGUCGACGUGGUCCAUAUCAGAAUGACAACAAUAACUCAUAUGAAGACUCGCGACGACCAGCAGGACGCAAUAAUGGUAGAGGUGUACUACAGAAGAAUAACCGCAAGUUUGCCGAUGCUUACGAUCAAGAGCAUGCACACAAUGAUCAUGGUGGUAGUAGUGGUGCAGCUAGAAAGGUAAUGGACUUUUUCCGAAGACGUGGAAAGGCUCGUGGAGAGUGA